ACUGGUCAGUGUCGAUUCUGCGUCCAUCACCCUCAGCUGCUGGGAAUCGUUGAGGGUCCGAAUAUAACGGUGAAGUUAGGUCGCAGGAGAAGUCGCUGACCCUGCAUUGUGAAGAUCACGGGAGAUUCAGAGGAUCGUACCCUGAUUGGAAUUUCCGCGAAAUCGCGCAUGUUUUCAGGAAGAAAGUGUGAAGUGUUUCUUAUUCUUUCAUCGCACCCAUAUGAGAAUCGAGGAGCGGAGCGGCACUUUCAUCGGGUACCGUGCGGGGUUUCGUAGGGGUGCAUCUCGAAAUUUUGUCCCUCGCACUUUUCUUUCUUCUUUGGCGAGGGUGUACAUCGGAGGCGACGAUGACUUUCGCUCUUAGCGACCCUCGAGGCUAUUGUUUGUCAUUCAUCCGAACCGAUCUCGUCCGGCACGAAGACUGACCUGGAGCUCAACUCGCUUCAAAUCGGAACUCGCGCUUCGGCCACUCUCGAAUAAUCUUCUGCAGGAUCAGAAUAAUUCAGGGAAGAAUUAUCUAGGACAGAGCUAGGACGAGUCACAGCUUUCGGAAAAUGUGGAUUUCCGCUGUGCUCUUCACGAAAAUCAUCGUCGCUUUGACUGGCGUGUCUGCAGGACCGAUUCCGACGGCUCAGCGAAAAUUCGACGCACCUCCUGGCAACAUCACUGCGAGAGGCGUAUCUGGAAUCUUUGACCAGGCCAUCAACGAUGUAAUUCUCGGUUUCUUAUUCACUUCAAUCGUGCUCUCGAUCGCGGGUCGGGUGCAGGGCAUAGCUUCUGAUUGGUUCGAAAAUAAAGGUACGCAUGGUAUCAACUUCAUAAAGGAAGUCCAUGAGCCCUACCGAGAUGUCGAAUACUACGAUGAAGACUAUCCCGAAGAGGGACCCUAUGACCCCGAGGACGACGACGCUCAAGGAAUGUUCGAUGACGACCUCGACGGAUUCGACUCCCCAGGAAAUGAAUUCAACGAUGAACCUCAAGCCGUGGACGAAAAGGCGGCACCGAUGACGGAAGGGGAUCCCCCAGCGGGAACGCCGCCGGAUGCACAGACGGUCCCGGAGAUCGGCGUUCUGCCUGAACCUGGAAAUUCUAGUCAGUCUCCGUAGGAGCCCCUCUUCCCGCCCCAAUUGGUCCAGAUGACGUUGUCGGAGGUUGAUGUCCCGUGAUUUCGGGAUAGUGCUCGAUCGCG